UAGCAUCAUCUCUACACAGUAAUGCUUCUGGGAAGCAGACCUUAUAGAAGACAUUCCAUGCGUCAGCGGAAGGGAGAGAGCAGUACGCAGUUUUCUUUUUUAUUACACCAUGUCCGUGUUGUCAGGGCGACUGUGAACACCAACGUAUCCUAUUUUUUUUUCAGUGCUCUGUGCUGAAUAUUUUAUUGUGUUGUUGGGAAAAGUGCUAUACUGCAGUUAGGCAAGCUGCACAGAGCAUCAGGCUGUUAUAAAUGUGAGAGAACAUUUCACUGCUGUCUUGGUGUUCUGCCCUUCAGGUAAAAAGGAAAGGCAGCAAUGACAGUUUCAUCCUUAAGUAAGUAAAUGCAUAUUUUGCUAGCCAUCUCUUGCUAUAUUUAACUUUUAUGUAUGGAAGACCUCUGAGAGAUGUACAGAUAAGCAGGGUGCUCUGAUGACAGACUUAUUUGGAAUAUUCCUGAAUCAAAGAAGGAUACAUGCUGAAUCUUUUGAAACCAAUGGGAAAAAAUAGAGCGGCAAGAAACAUGCCCGGUGCAAUCCGACAAGAAAGGUUUAAGACUGGAGCUCGUUCAACACCCCCUGUUCUAUUCACCAUUAAUGAGGAGGAAGAUCUGCAGAGGGAUGGAUGCAGAAUGAAGGUAAAAGGUCAUGUUAAUUCCUCGAGCAAAGUACAUGAGAAAAAGGUAGUAUUGAAUUGUCCUUUGUAUGCCAUGCAGAAGCAGCCUGGAAAAGAUCACACUGUCUUCAAGUCAGAACCCCAUCUCAUUAUGAAGGUUGAUGAAAGACAAAGACUUGCUCGAGAACGUAGAGAGAAACGUGAAAAAUUAAUAGCUGCCAGAGAGUCAUUAUGGUUAGAGAAGGAAAUACGAGCCCGGCAACACUAUGAGAAGCACCUAGAGGAGCGUAAGAAAAAGCUGGAAGAGCAGAGGAUGAAAGAAGAAAGAAGGAAAGCAGCUGUAGAUGAGAAGAGAAAGUUAAAGUUGGAAGAAGAAAAGGAACGCCAUGAAGCGGUUAUAAAGCGUACAACAGAAAGGAAUCAGAAGUUGAAGGAGAAAAACAGUAGAUGGUCCUGGGUUGGAACUCUGCAAAGCAGCACAGAUGCAAACAGCUCGGACCCAGACAGGAGAUCAGUUUCAACGAUGAACCUUUCAAAACAUUUUGAUCCAGUUAUUAAUAAGCGACUGUCCACAUCAUCUGCAACAUUACUUCAUUCUCCAGACAAAGCUCACCAACCCCCUCUAAGUCAACAGGGGAGUAACUUCGUCAGCAGACUAUUGAUGCCCACACAUUCACAUCUGGUACGGAGUAAAAGCACAGCAGCCCUGUCUGGAGACACAGUCAUCCCCAUUUGUCCACGUUCAGCAUCUUGCAGCCCCCUCAGCCUGCAGCCUAACAAGUCACCAAACGUUAAAAGUUCAGAGAGACCAAAGCUUUUUAUCACAACACCGGAGACAACAACAAGAAGGAAAACAACACACUUUGCAGGCACCAAUAGUGUGGAAAAAAAAGAGAAGGAAAUAGGGAUUCACAGGGAAAAUGCAGCCACAUUCAACCUGAAAACAGCAAACGUUGCAGUUGUUCCCAAAAAGAAAUUAACCGCUCACUUUCCUGUAGGGGCUCCACUUAAAUCAUCAGCCUCUUCAUUUAGUGUUUUCAAGUCUGCUAACUCCAACAAAUCAUCAAUAACCCAUCAACGUCCUCUCUCACCUGGAAAUGUUCGACCAUUAAAAAGAGAAGAGGCGAAAAAGAAAGAUGAGGGUAAAGAAACAGAGUCAACUGCUGAACAAAUAAAGGCAAACAAACUAGAUACAGUGGAACAAGAAAACAACAGUGAAAGAGAGGCUGGGUCUCCCAUCUCAGCAGAAAGUUUGCAAGAUUCUGCACUGUUACCAGCUACCCCCACACUGCAGCCCUCUCCCAUAUUUGUAAGGCCUUUUGCUGGAACCAACAACCCAGAAGAAGCAACCAGAAUACUUGCUGAAAAGAGGAGACUUGCUCGAGUACAGAGGGAACGUGAGGAAGAAGAAAGGAGGAAAAAAGAAGAGCUAGAAAGAAAGGAAAAAGAGGAAUUUGCUCUUAGGAAAGCUGAAGAAAUGGCUCAGCUAGAGGAAGAUUCAUUGAAGUUGGAGGCUGAACGAAAAAGGAAAGAAGAAGAAGAAGAACUGCAAGUGAGAGAAAAGUUGCUGUGCCAACUAGCAGAGGAAAAAGUGCAAAAGGAGAGAGAAGAGUUUGAGCAACUCCAAAAGCAAAAAGAAGAGGCAGAGCGUAUUAGAAUAGAACGUGAGAAACAUUUUCAGAAGGAGGAGCAGGAACGUUCAGAAAGGAAGAAGAGACUUGAAGAGAUAAUGAGAAGAACAAGAAAAAGUGAAGGAGGUGAUAAGCAAUCAAAUGUCGAGAGAAACGUAGAAAUCCCUAAACCAAGUGAAAAUGCAGCCAUUAAUCCAGUGCCCUUACAGGAGCAUGAAUGUGAACACCUUCAAAACUCCACAAAAAACUCUGUCAAUGGAAAGUCUCUAGUUACCUCUGAAAGGAUAAUUAUAUUACCUGCUGACAGUACUGAGAAACAACCAAAUGAAAAUGGCCUAAAUACCCAGAACAACAACUUUGAGGAGGUCAUAAACUUGCCAGAUAGCAUUAAACCAGUGAAAUGUAAUUCUCUGGGUAGUGGAGAAAACAAUAUCCAACAAAAUCCUUUGAAACCAAUUUUAGCUUUUGAAGAAGAGGGGACUCUUGUUUCAGCAGAGAUGUGAAGAACCCAAAGAGAAGUUUACUAUGUAUGAAGACCCAGGGAUUAUUUCAAAACUGUGAAGGAAUGGUUGUUUAUAUUGUCAGUUGUUGCAAGCAGGGUAUAUAAACAAACCUUAUUUAGCGGUGGUGCAGAAGACAUUUUGGCUAAUGGAGCUGUUGCUGUAGCAACCAUCAAUGCAGAACACUGAUUUAUUUUUAGUAUGUAACUAUCUACUGUCAAACAUUACAUUACAUUUCUUUCCUGAAAAAUGCUGCUUCAUGAAGUUUAUGGAGUUUGUAACGGUAAAGGGGUAAAAAAAAAAAAACAGUGCUAUCUGGGGGUGUUGUUUGGGUACUGUCAGGUUUUCAAAUAGUUUCAUGUGCAUAUAAAUAAUCUUUUAUACUGUAACUUUAAUACUUGAAAAUAUAUACUUAGUGCCCAACAAGUACAGCUUCUGAAGUCUUCUAUGAAACCAUUUAGUUAAAAUAUUUUAUGUAAAGAACUUAUAAGAGGAUAUAAAUUGUAUACCAGGUUCUCCUUCUGAAGCAAUUAUUACAUAAACCUCAUAAUCAUAAAUGUGUUUUUUUAAAUUAAAGGAAAAUCCUAGAUUUAUAAUAUAAAGGCAUUUUUAUUUAUAAAUAAUUGCAUUGUAACCAAACAGUCC